AUGCUACGGUUUGUCGUUAUUCUUUUAGCGUUAUCAUUUCAUGUCAGCGAACAAGCUCCAAAUUCUUCAAUCACAACCAAUCCCUCCAACACAACAUCACACGAAGGCCAGAAUGCUACUCUUGUUUGUGUCGUGACUGGAAAUCCAACUCCAACUGUUCAGUGGUAUAAAGAUGGUCUACUCCUCAACAAUAUAUCAGGCAACCCAAGACUUACCCAAGAUCCUGGCUCAAACAGCCUGAUAAUAACUAACCUUACAAGGAAUGAUGAGGGUUUUUAUGCUUGCAAUGCUACUAACAACGUAUCAUCGGUGACUUCUAAUCAAGCAUAUCUUACUGUUAACUUUCAGCCAAAGAUUCUGAUGGAUCCUUUCCCCAAGAUAAGGAAUGAAAGACAGAAUGUGACGUUGAGCUGUCGCUAUGAAGGUAAACCAGUUGCCGAUGCAGUGUGGUAUAUGAACGACACCUUACUAAGCGAUUCCUCAGACUCGAGAAUAGGAAUCGUACGUUCAGGAAAUGCUUCAUUGACGGAAUCAUCUCUGACCAUCACUAACCUAAGAAAAGACGAAGGCAGAUACAAGUGUCAAGUUAACAACACGGUUGGAGGUCCUGCUACGUCACAAGAGGCACAGCUGACAGUGAAUUAUGCACCUGUUAUCUUUGCUCCACCACUGGCCCUCACGACCAACGAAACGAACAGUGUUACUUUUAGCUGCUUGAUGGAAGGAAAACCACAACCAGACGUGACUUGGAAGAAAAAUGGAACUAAUGUCGAUGUUGACGGUGACAGCAGGAUAUCGACAGCGCACCCUUGGAGCUACGGAAACUCUACUGCAACCAUGACCAUUCCUAAUGUGAACAGGUCUGACGAGGGGUGGUACGUUUGUGUUGCUUAUAACGGUGUUGGUGCCGCCGUUAUUUCAGAGUCUGCCAAGUUGACCGUCAACUAUCCACCGAGAAUAUUCAGCAUUUCACCCCAGAAURAAACCAAGCAUGAGAACCAUAGCAUGACGUUCAACUGUACCUUAGAAGGCAAACCAUUAGCAAAUGUUACAUGGAUGUUUAAUAACACAGAUAUAGUUCCCGAUGGUAAGAAAUAUCAUGUAAGUGGCACAACAUCAGUGGAGAAAGGCACGGCUUCAUUGACAAUAACCGAUUUACACAGAUCUGACCAGGGAAACUACACAUGCAGAGCACAGAACAAGAUUGGGACGGCAACUUCACAAGUCGCUGCCUUCUUGAAAGUGUUAUUUGGCGUAGAUAUAUUCGUGAAUCCACAACCCAAGUCCAAGAAUGAAGGAGAUUCGGUCAAAUUUACAUGUGAAGUGGAAGGCAAACCUGCUCCCAUAGUAACCUGGCUUAUAAACUACAAACCAUUGACUCUAGAGACGAGUAGGAUGAACGUCAGUCCUCAACCCACUACACACGACAGGACGGUUGUUAAUCUUACGAUCAAUGACCUGAAKAGAACAGAYGAGGGUAWWUACAGUUGCAKRGUAAAAAACUCCCUCGAUGAACAGAUUUCAAMUGCUGCUCUAUUGACUGUCAAUUAUCCUCCAAAGAUAUUGGUUCCUCCAACAAAUAAAACAGUGGUAGAGAGAAGCAGUGUGUCCCUUACGUGUUACUUGGAAGACGGCGUAACCAUAUUCGUGAAUCCACAACCCGAGAAAAGGGUUGAAGGAGAAUCGGUCACAUUUACAUGUGAAGUGGAAGGCAAACCUGCUCCUAACGUAACCUGGCUUAUAAACGACAACCCAUUGACUCUAGAGACGAGUAGGAUGAACGUCACUCAACCUACUACACACGACAGGACGGUUGUUUAUCUGAYGAUCAAUGACCUGAAGAGAACAGACGAGGGUAGUUACAAUUGCAGGGUUAACAACUUCCUUGAUGAACGGUUGUCAACUCCUGCUUUUUUARCAGUGUACUAUCCACCAGUUAUCUUCCAAAAUCCACUAAACUUGACSAAGAGGGAAGGAGAUUCAAUGGUGAUGUUGUGUGGGGUAGACGGGAACCCUGUUYCUGAAGUCACGUGGAAGAAAGACGUAGUGACCUUAGUGCAUGAUGGGAGAAUAAAUAUCACUAAGCCGAGUAGYGUGGGGMGAGUMYACUCUACGUUGACCAUCAGUAAUCUUGUUGUGGGUGAUAAGGGCACGUACAAGUGUGUGGUGAAUAAUACACUGAAUGCAGUGGUGUCGUUUCCUGGAAGUUUAAUUAUUGUCUCAUUAGACCUAUGGUUUGUAAACCCUGAAACCAACUUCACGGUAACUGAAGGACAAAGUGCAACCCUUGUCUGUGAGGUGUGGGGCGAGUCACCUGACAUUACCUGGUACCGAGACGGGAAGAGCAUGGAAGCGACUCGUAUUAGGACUAUUACUAGCGGUAAAAGAACAGRAGCAGAACUGACGUUCAACAAUGUACAGGCGGAGAAUUCAGGCGUUUACACGUGUACUGCAAGUAAUAGCUUAAGAUCUAUUAGUACACAGAUGACUCUUGUUGUAAGCGUACCAAUUGAAGUCGAUAUGGAUAUCACAGUAGAAAACAUGGAGUUUUCAGCAGAACUCAACAACAAGUCUUCGCCACGGUUCCAGAACUUGUCCAAUACUUUCAAGAAAGAAAUCUCAACUAUYUAUAAAGACAUGGAGGGAUUCAAAGAAGUACAAGUACUUGGAUUCUCRAAUGGCAGCGUUCAAGUAGUUUUUCGUGUUAKAUUUGAAAUAAAAGUCAAUAAACCAAUUGAAAAGCCGCCAACUGAUGUCAGACAGAAAGUAGCCAAUACUGCAAUCGAGGAGAUUUCCAAAACGAAUGGAUUCAUUGGGACUUUGAAGUUCAAACCCGGUUCUCUUACUCCUUUGGUUCCACCUCCACCACCUCGAAAUCUAACAAAGACGGAGGUCAAACUUGAACAGAUUUCUAUUACUUGGAAUAAACCUGAAUACCAUCAAACGUACGGUGUUACGGGUUACGAAGUACAAUACAAAGAGUUCGCCGGUGAAGAAUGGAAUAAUAUCCCUGUACAGGGUAAAGAUGUGAAUGACUAUGUAAUCAACGAUCUGAAACAAGAGACAAAAUAUUUAAUGAAAAUAGUUGCAGUUAACAAACRAGGUAACGGUCCCCCGAGCAACCAAUUAGAAGUGAGUACCGAUAAACAGAAUAUUUGGACUAAAAUCUGGACAGAAUACAAGUGGGUGAUAGUAGCUGUUGGUAUUGUCCUGUUUCUUCUUGUCCUCACGGGGAUAUUCCUGUGUUGUCGCCGGAGACGAAGACAAAAAAACAAAGUGAAGAGACAACAGAGCGUGAGGCGCAAACAAGGGAACUUUAGUAUAUCUGGWCAGAGCWUCAAGAACAGCGGAUUUGAGAUGSCUCAGCUCRCAUCGAAGUUUAGAGAGAUAUCACGUGAACAGAUCAUGAUCGGAAAAGAACUGGGAUCUGGUCAGUUUGGCCUGGUGACUAGAGGGUACCUUAAACAGGAUAGAAUGCACUGCGCUAUAAAGAUGCUCAAAGAAAGCGCUCCUCACUCCCAUUACAGAGAUCUGUUGAACGAACUGGAUAUAAUGAGUUCAAUAGAGGAACAUCCCAACAUCGUUAAUCUCAUUGGUGCCUGCACACAAGGAGGUCCAGUGUGGUUGGUCGUUGAACUCGCAGAGUAUGGMAGUCUGUUGGAUUUUCUUCAUAACAACCAGAUGUACUCGAUCAGCCAUCGAGAAAAGGUGUCAAUUUUAACUGAAUCACAAAAGAUCAGGAUUAGCCGUGAYGUGGCUARAGGACUGGAACACUUGGCAGGUUAUAGGUGCGUUCAUCGAGAUCUGGCGGCAAGGAAUGUACUGCUUGGCACCAACAUGACUGCUAAGUUGUCAGACUUUGGRCUGGCAAGAGAUGUGUAUGAAAGAGGAUACUACCAGCAGUUAUCAGACAUGAAAAAGUUACCAGUGCGAUGGAUGUCAAUCGAAGCUAUCGAGACGAUGGUGGCUACCAAGGAGAGUGACAUAUGGUCGUUUGGAGUUUUGAUGUGGGAAAUCUAUACUGGAGGUAAGCUGCCAUUCCUUGGGUUAUCAGCAAAAGAAGUUCUCAAGAAACUUAAGAAAGGAACAAGACUAAGCCAGCCAAUCGACUGCUCAGAUGAAAUAUAUGCUAUAAUGAUGAGUUGCUGGCAUUCCAGUCCUCUCAAACGUCCAUCUAUUGACCUCCUCGCCACAGUGCUGGACAGACAGCUGCAAUUAAGACGAAACGACGAAAACAACGUGGACAGUUCUAUGGCUUACUGGUAUUCGUUUUAUCGCGUGUCAGCCAUUUUGAAUUUCGUUGAACUGCUGGCGUUUAUCCGUGAUGCAGUCAUAACAACCCAGCCAAUCAGCCAAUCACAAUUCGAAGGGUUCGACGUCACAUUUAAUUGCUCUGCCACAGCAAGCCCAACGCUUACAUUCACAUGGAAGAAAGACUCGACAAACAUUGCCUCUGACUCUAGAUAUAAUGUCACAUCAAACAAUCAAUCGAGUACACUGGUAAUCACUGGACUCGUUGCUUCAGAUGCAGGCAAUUACUCUUGUGUUGCUAAUGACACCGGAAAUAUUUCAACAUCGAACGAUGCGAUAUUAACUGUAAAAUUCGCUCCAAAAGUCACCUCGCAUCCCGCCAAUCAAACAAAGGUCGAAGGUGAAAACGCAACCAUUACAUGUGACGUCACUGGAACUCUUCCAAUAGUGGUCACGUGGGAAAAAGAUGACAGUCCUUUCAAUGUUUCGUCAGACGAGAGGUUUCACUACAGUAUUGAUGGUAAACAGCUCGAUAUAACAGCAGUCCAACCUUCAGACUCAGGAUCGUACGUGUGUGUUGCUGAUAAUGGUGUACGUGUGAAGUCUUAUCCUGGCAGGUUGACUGUCCACACAAAUCCAGCCAUUCUUGCUCAUCCAGCCAACCAGACUGCAGUCGAGGGAACCAAGGUCUUUAUCAGCUGCCAUGCCACAGGGAUCCCAAUACCCACUAUUUGGUGGCAGAAGAACGGAACAAAUGUAACAUCCCAUUCACACGAGACAAAGAGUGGCAAUUCUGUUGUUAGUAUAAUCAACAUUACGAGUGUGAACAGAACAAAUGAAGGAUAUUACGUGUGUCUCGUUCACAACAACAAAAAGACAAUACAAUCAACUCAAGGAAUAUUAAUAGUCAACUAUCAACCAGAAUUGAUAACCAUUCAACCAAAUGGAACAAAAGAAGUGACGGAAAACGAUAAUGUAACAUUUACCUGUGCUGUUGGUGGGAAGCCUUCACCGUCCAUCCAGUGGCUGAAAAACAACGCUACACUAAACACGACAGCACUUUCAAGGUUCGAUGUCUCUGGUGAUGGUAGGAUUUUAACCAUAACUGCUGUUGUUCGAAGUGACGAAGGAAACCGCUUUAGUUGCAAUGCAACCAACAAAGUCGGUAGUGUUGUAUCAUUAUCAGCACAGCUUAUUGUCAACUAUCGACCAGAAUUGAUAAGCAUUCAACCAAAUGGAACAAAAGAAGUGACGGAAAAAGACACAGUAACAUUUACCUGUGGUGUUGGUGGGAAGCCUUCACCGUCCAUCCAGUGGCUGAAAAACAACGCUGCACUAAACACGACAGCACCUUCAAGGUUCGAUGUCUCUGGUGAUGGUAGGAUUUUAACCAUAACUGCUGUGGUACGAAGUGACGAAGGAAACCGCUUUAGUUGCAAAGCAACCAACAAAGUCGGUAGUGUUGUAUCAUUAUCAGCACAGCUUAUUGUCAACUACCCUCCAAAGAUUUUGUUCCCUCCAACAAGUAAAACAGUAGUUGAGAGAAGCAGUGUAUCCCUUACGUGUUACUUGGAAGGCAAACCAGUAUCUAAUGUAACCUGGUUAAAAGAAGGUCACCCAAUCAUAGCCGCUAAUGACAACAGAAUAUCUGUAUCUCCACCCUCCUCAGUCGGUAAUACAACUGCUACGAUCAUUAUCACCAAUGUGAACCGUACUGACGAGGGCUACUAUUCCUGUCAGGCUGUGAAUGAUGUCGGUAAUGAUACAUCAUCUGGAGCAUUGCUGACAGUCAACUACCCUCCAAAGAUUUUGUUCCCACCAACAACUAAAACAGUAGUUGAGAGUAGCAAUGUAUCCCUUACGUGUUGCUUGGAAGACAAACCAGUAUCUAGCGUAACCUGGUUAAAAGAUGGUCAGCCAAUCAUAGUCGCUAAAGACAACAGAAUAUCUGUAACGCUACCCUCCUCAUUCAAUAAAUCAAGAUCUACGAUGACUAUCACUAAAGCGAACCGUACGGACGAGGGCUACUAUUCCUGUCAGGCUGUGAAUGAUGUCGGAAAUGAUACCUCAUCUGGAGCAUUGCUGACAGUCAACUACGGCGUCACCAUAUUCGUGAAUCCAAGACCCAAGUCCAAGAUUGAAGGAGAAUCUGUCACAUUUACAUGUGAAGUGGAAGGCAAACCUGCUCCAAAUGUAACCUGGCUUAUAAACGACAACCCAUUGACUCUAGAGACGAGUAGGAUGAACGUCACUCAACCCACUACACACAACAGGACGGUUGUUUAUCUGACGAUCAAUGGCUUGAAGAGAACAGAUGAGGGUAGUUACAGAUGUAACGUGAAAAACAGUUAUGGUGAAAAGAAUUCAACUGCUGCAGCAUUGACGGUCAAUUAUCCUCCAAAGAUAUUGGUUCCUUCAACAAAUAAAACAGUAGUUGAAAGAAGCAGUGUAUCCCUUACGUGUUACUUGGAAGGCAAACCAGUAUCUAAAGUAACCUGGUUGAAAGAUGGUCACCCAAUCAUAGCCGCUAAUGACAACAGAAUAUCUGUAACGCUACCAUCCUCAGUCAAUAAAAGAAGAGCUACAAUUACUAUCACUAAUGUGAAACGUACUGACGAGGGCUACUAUUCUUGUCAGGCUGUGAAUGAUGUCGGUAAUGAUACCUCAUCUGGAGCAUUGCUGACAGUCAACUACGGCGUAACCAUAUUCGUGAAUCCACAACCCGAGAAAAGGAUUGAAGGAGAAUCGGUCACAUUUACAUGUGAAGUGGAAGGCAAACCUGCUCCUAAUGUAACCUGGCUUGUAAACGAUAUCCCAUUGACUAUAGAGACGAGUAGGAUGAACGUCACUCAACCCACUACACACAACAGGACGGCUGUUUAUCUGACGAUCAAUGGCUUGAAGAGAACAGAUGAGGGUAGUUACAAUUGCAAGGUUAACAACUUCGUUGAUGAACGGACGUCAACGCCUGCUUUUUUAGCAGUGUACUAUCCACCAGUUAUCUUUCAAAAUCCACUAAACUUGACGAAGAGGGAAGGAGAUUCAAUGGUGAUGUUGUGUGGGAUAGACGGGAACCCUGUGCCUGAAGUCACGUGGAAGAAAGGAGAAGGGACGAUAGUGCAUGAUGGGAGAAUAAAUAUCACUAAGCCGAGUAGCGUGGGGCGAGUGUACUCUACGUUGACCAUCAGUAAUCUUGUUGUGGGUGAUAAGGGCACGUACAAGUGUAUGGUGAACAAUACACUGAAUGCAGCGGUGUCGUUCCCUGGACGCUUAACUAUUAUCUCAUUAGACCUAUGGUUCGUAAACCCUGAAACCAACUUCACGGUAACUGUAGGACAAAAUGUAACCCUUGUCUGUGAGGUGUGGGGCGUGUCACCUGACAUUACCUGGUACCGAGACGGGAAGAGCAUGGAAGCGACUCGUAUUAGGGCUAUUCCUAGCGGUAAAAGAACAGAAGCAGAACUGACAUUCAACAAUGUACAGGCGGAGAAUUCAGGCGUUUACACGUGUACUGCAAGUAAUAGCAUAAGAUCUAUUAGUACACAGAUGACUCUUGUUGUAAGCGUACCCAUYGAAGUCGAUAUGGAUAUCACAGUAGAAAACAUGGAGUUUUCAGCAGAACUCAACAACAAGUCUUCACCACGGUUCCAGAACUUGUCAAACACUUUCAAGAAAGAGAUCUCAACUAUUUAUAAAGACAUGRAGGGAUUCAAAGAAGUACAAGUACUUGGAUUCUCAAAUGGCAGCGUUCAAGUAGUUUUUCGUGUUAUAUUUGAAAUAAAAGUCAAUAAACCAAUUGAAAAGCCGCCAACUGAUGUCAGACAGAAAGUAGCCAAUACCGCAAUCGAGGAGAUUUCCAAGACGAAUGGUUUCAUUGGGACUUUGAAGUUCAAACCCGGUUCUCUUACUCCUUUGGUUCCACCUCCACCWCCUCAAAAUCUAACAAAGACGGAGGUCAAACUUGAACAGAUUUCUAUUACUUGGAAUAAACCUGAAUACCAUCAAACGUACGGUGUUACGGGCUACGAAGUACAAUACAAAGAGUUCGCCGGUGAAGAAUGGAAUAAUAUCCCUGUACAGGGUAAAGAUGUGAAUGACUAUGUAAUCAACGAUCUGAAACAAGAGACAAAAUAUUUAAUGAAAAUAGUUGCAGUUAACAAACGAGGUAACGGUCCCCCGAGCAACCAAUUAGAAGUGAGAACCGAUAGACAGAGCUUUUGGACAGAAUACAAGUGGGUGAUAGUAGCUGUUGGUAUUGUCCUGUUUCUUCUUGUCCUCACGGGGAUAUUCCUGUGUUGUCGCCGGAGACGAAGACAAAAAACAAAAGUGAUGAAGCAACAGAUCACGAGGAGCAACCGAGAUAAAUUCGACAUACCUGGUCAGAGCUUCAUGAACAGCGGAUUUGAGAUGGCUCAGCUCGCAUCGAAGUUUAGAGAGAUACCACGUGAACAGAUMAUGAUCGGAAAAGAACUGGGAUCUGGUCAGUUUGGCCUGGUGACUAGAGGAUACCUUAAAUAUGAUGAAAAGCACUGCGCUAUAAAGAUGCUCAAAGAAAAUGCCUCUAAUACAGAUUACAUGGAUUUGAUGAACGAACUGGAUAUAAUGAGUUCAAUAGAGGAACAUCCCAACAUCAUUCAUCUCAUUGGUGCCUGCACACGAGGAGGUCCAGUGUGGUUGGUCGUUGAACUCGCAGAGUAUGGCAGUCUGUUGGAUUUUCUUCGUAACAACCAGAUGUACUCGAUCAGCCAUCGAGAAAAGGUGUCAAUUUUAACUGAAUCACAAAAGAUCAGGAUUAGCCGUGAUGUGGCUAGAGGACUGGAACACUUGGCAGGUUAUAGGUGCGUUCAUCGGGAUCUGGCGGCAAGGAAUGUACUGCUUGGCACCAACAUGACUGCUAAGUUGUCAGACUUUGGACUGGCAAGAGAUGUGUAUGAAAGAGGACACUAUCAGCAGUUAUCAAACAUGAAAAAGUUACCAGUGCGAUGGAUGUCAAUCGAAGCUAUCGAGACGAUGGUGGCUACUAAGGAGAGUGACAUAUGGUCGUUUGGAGUUUUGAUGUGGGAAAUCUAUACUGGAGGUAAGCUGCCAUAUCUUGRGUUAUCAGCAAAAGAAGUUCUUAAGACACUUAAGAAAGGAACAAGACUAAGCCAGCCRGUCGACUGCUCAGAUGAAAUAUAUGCUAUAAUGAUGAGUUGCUGGCUUUCCAGUCCUCUCAAACGUCCAUCUAUUGACCUCCUCGCCACAGUGCUGGACAGACAGCUGCAAUUGAGACGAAACGACGAAAACAACCUGGACAGUUCUAUGGCUUAGUCCAAUAAGGUGUCGUCAUGUUGGAGUCUGUUUUUACGACUUCCUUAAUCAAAUAUCAUAUACUACAGAUGCGUAUGAUGAUUAGAAAGAAAAGAGAACUUUCCAUGUUUAAUUGAAUGCACAACUUAGAUGUCCUCUAGUGUUUGAUAUACUUUAAUGUAGUCUGACGUCAUCUUGAUGACAUCAUGUUGGAAACUAUUUAUAGUACAGUUUUUAUAUUAGCUACAUAGUUUAUUUUUCAUAUUUACAUAUUUCUAUAGAAUUAUAUAACUAUUAAGGACGGACAAGUUUCUGUAUAACUAUAAACAGCUUUAUGGCUGAUAUUUCUCAAUAUAGAGWAGAGAGUAGGGCUGUUAGUAGAAAUUUUGAUGUGGGGGAAGGGAGAAGAGAUAUGCCAUGUCACCAGAUAUUAAUAUCKUAAUCAAUAAGUAAACUGAAAUGGAAAUGAAGCUAUUGCAAUUAUUGCAAUUCUAAUAGAAUAGUAUUAUCGUUAAUAUAAAUAUAAAUAGAUAACAAUAGAAGACUAUGACGUUCCUAGCAGUAUUAAACUAUUGUGUAUUGUG